UUUUCCAUUUUUUCUAAUCCUUAGAACUAAAAAGAUAAUAAAUUAAACGAGAUUGAAGUUAAUUUAGAUUGGUAGAAAUGGGACAACAAAAUUAUAUCUAAUUAAUUUGAAAUACAAAAAUACGUCGAGGAUAAGAUAGGUCUCAAGGAUUUUAUACAACUUUGGCGGAAGUAAAGUUCAGAAUUUUUCAAAAUUAUUUUUACAGAGGUACAUAUUAAAAUUGCAAAUAAUCAUAAUGUAAGUAAUCAUAACAGUAAAUAUCAGAUCUAAACACGAUCAGUCCGAAUGACGCAUAUGCGGGAUAUAUAGGGUGUUCUAAACAUUUAUGCUGAGGAGUAUCCCCCAGAGCUGUAGCAAGUUCAACUGGCGCCUCGGCCAAACCGAUCUCGACUUAAUUACCUCUAUUACAUUUCCAAAAUAAUAUAAAAAAAUAUACUUACAUCUGCCUCUUUUCCUAUGAUAUUAAUACGUAAAAAGAGAUAGGUAUUUUAAACAAAAAGUGAAAAAUAAUCAACAGACGCAUUUGACUGGCUACUUUUGGGACGCUUUAUACAUGCGCGUGAUGCGUCACGCAUGUAUGAUGGUGACUGAUGGUGUAUGUAUAUGUAUGCCGAUUACGCGAGGUUGUAUUCGCGAUGGAUGACAGGAGCCCGUCGGAGCGCGAUUAGGACCACGAGAAAUACCUAGUCGCGGAUUUUUCUCCCCCCUCCGCGAUGGGCAAUUGCAUCAGGAGCGUGCUGAAGAGGCUGCGAAGGAACCGUGCCGCGGAAAAGACCAUUAUCCUGCUCAUUGUGGGACUGGACAACGCUGGGAAGUCGACGAUACUGAACCAUAUCAGUGGCGAUCCAGAUCAGAAUGUAUUGCCUACGAUGGGAUUCCGGACGGUAUCCUUAAAGCAUAAAUCCUAUUUCGUGAAGAUAUACGAUGUAGGAGGUAGUUCCCAGAUCAGAGCGUUGUGGCCUAAAUAUUACAACGAUAUACAUGGUCUUAUAUACGUGGUGGAUGCUAGCGAUAUUUCUCGUCUUGCGGAAAAUAAAGUCGUGUUUAAUGAAUUAAUCACACAUGAGCAUAUCUCGACGAAACCAAUAUUGUUACUCGCCAACAAACAGGAUUUAAAUGGAGCUAUCGACGAGUUGGAUGUAGUUGAAAAUCUGGAUGUAGAGCAUGCAGCCAACACUAUGAAAUGUCCGACAAGGGUCGAAACAUGCUCUUGCAUUUUUGACAAGGAACAAUCCAAGAGCAGUACUGCAGGCAUAAAAGAUGGAUAUAAGUGGUUGUUGGAUACUAUAGUAAAGAACUAUGCUAUCCUGAAUAGCAGAGUAAAACAAUUACAAAAUAGUCAACGUAAAAGCAUUCAGGAGACACAAUCUGUUGCGUCAAAUACACCAUCAAGAAUGUCAGUACAUUCCAAUCCUUUUAAACCUAUUAAAGAUCUUCUGGCAGCAAAGGAUGAAGUUUUAAUAAGUGAAUCGUGCAAUGGUACCAGUGAAGGAAGAAGCAUUAUAAAAGCUUUUACACGGAGAAAUAAGACUGCCCCUCUUCCAGUUGAACAAACGACAAUUGAAUGUGAAAGUCUUUCACGAAAUCCUAUUCCUAAUGUAGAAACUCUGCCUGAAGAGAAAAGUACACAAACUAUGACUACAAUAUUAGACCCUUUGAGUUUAAAUACUAAUCAUAGUGAAAGCUACAAUAUGAAAUUAAUCCGUCCAUACACAGCGCCAGAAAGAUCACAACGAUUAUCAAGUAAUAUGACGAUAGUUAAUAUUCCUGGACAAGUACCUCAAUGACAGGAUCUGUAAAUUUUGUAUAUAAGUUGUUUGUAAGUUAAAAGGGACCAUACAUAAUUUAAUGAAUCAUAUGUUAUGCUAUGAACAAAAAACUGUAAAUGGCCAUAAAAAUAAGUUACAUUAAGCUAAACAUUAUAUAGCUUUUAAAUAAGUGAUAUCUUUGCUAAUUUUCAUAAAUCAAUUUUGCUUAACUUUAUAUAUAUAUAUAUAUAUGUGUGUGUUUUAAGUUACUAUCUUUUUUGUAUAAACGCUUUAUAUCAUCUCUAUUGUUAAACUCGAAAGGCAAAAA